AUCUCACCCAAAUCGACAUUACUCUUUCACCGUUCUCGAAGCUUCCUUCUCUUCACACACUCUCCAUCCAUCAAUUCAAACCGUAUGAAACUUUCUUUACUCCACCCACUCUCUCGAAGCCUCCACCCUCUCAAACCCUCUUUCUCUCUCUCACUUCAAAGCUCAGACCACAACCGCCGUGCCCUUUCCUUUCCCAGAUUCGAAACCGUCCCUUCCUUUCUCCACCUCCAACCCUGUCAACCCUCUUUCUUUCUUACGGACUCAAUCGAAGCCCAGAUCAUCCAUGUAGCCAUGUUCCUCUGAAACCCUCUCGUUCUCUCUCACUCUCAAUCGAAGCCCAUGCUGCUCUCUCUCGCUCUCUGUCGUUCACUCUCACUUUCAAUCGAAGCCCAUCGCGUUCUCUCGGCGUUCCUCUGUUCGCUUCUCAAAGGCUCAAAGGUUUGAAGGCAAACUCCAGAUCGAGGCCCAAAUCGAGCGUCCUCAAAGGUUAAGAGGACAUGCAAGCCUCCAGAUCGGAGAUCGGAGGUUUGAAGGCUCAAAGGUCGGCGGUAGCUGAAUCAGAGGCUCAAAGGCUCAUAGGUUCAGAGGAGAUCCUCUCCAUUUUUGUGUAAUUUUUUUGAUUUGUUUAAAAAAUGUGUAUUUUAAUUGUUUAAUUUAAUCUGUGUUCAUCUCCCUUCCCCUUCUGUUGUUGAAAUUUCUGAAAUUUAAAUCUCUUUUCUGGGUUUCCUUGUAUUGUUGGAUAUGCUUGUUCAUUGAUCUGUUCUUCCCUCUUCUUUUAACGAUUAUUCUGUUGUUGCUGAAUGGAAGAGAAAAAGCAAUUUUUUAAUGGCUGCAGCAAGUUAAGGAGCGUUGCUUAGCUAUGAGCUGUUAGCAACGCCACCUCAGCAAGCUCCAAUGGGGGAGAAAAAUAAGGAACGCAGCUUAACUUAAGGAACCAGGUUAAGCAACCCCCAUUGGAGUUGCUCUAAGGUUGACAUAAAGGGUGAAUCUUUGGCAAAUAUGAAAAGACUUAGACUUCUCAUGAUCAGCAAUGCACAUGUUUCAGAUGAUAUUCGAUAUCUGUCUAAUGAGCUAAGGUUAAUUGAUUGGCCAGGAUACCCUUCUUCAACUCUACCACCAAACUUCCAUCCAAAGAGGCUUAUUUCUGUAAACUUGAGUUGUAGUUGUAGUCACAUCAAACAGUUGUGGAAGGGUGCUAAGAUAUUCAAAGACUUGAAACUUGUAUCCUUUAGCUGCUGUGAAUACCUCACUGAAAUUCUAGACUUCUCAAUGAUUCCAAACCUUGAAAGUCUCAGCCUAGACAACUGUAAAAGUUUAACCAAGGUGCAUGAGUCUGUUGGGUCUCUUGAUAAGCUUGUUACUUUGAACUUUCUAUUAUGCUCCAAUCUCAAGACUCUUCCGAGUCGUCUCAAGUUAAAAUCUCUACGAACUCUCCUCCUUACUGGCUGCUCAAAGGUUAGAAAGUUUCCUGAGAUUGUUGAGAAAAUGGAACAUCUUCACGAGAUUCUUCUCCAAGGGACUGCAAUUGAAGAACUACCAAAGUCAAUAGAAUAUCUGAUUGGGCUAAAAGUCUUACUCUUGGAUUCUUGCCAAAAGCUUGAGCAUCUUCCCAGUAGCAUUCAGAAUUUGCAAUACCUUACUGAACUUUGUCUCACUGGCUGCUCUAAGCUCCAGGAGCUUCCAAAGCUUCCACUAAACACAAGAUAUAUAGACACAAGUAAUUGUAGAUCAUUGGAAAGGUUUCCAACAUUAUCCAGCCCAUCAAAUUUGAGUGCAGAGGAAUUCCCAAGGUUUUCUCGAAUGAUGUUCAUCAACUGCCGUAAACUAAUUAAUAAGCAAGUUCAAGACCACAUGACAAGUCUCUUUUACAAUGAGGAAUCUACUGAUGAAGUUAUGCUUCCAGGGAGCAAUGUCCCAGAUUGGUUUCAACAUCAGAGUACCAACGGUUCAAUUUCUCUUGAUAUAGCUUCAAAAUUAUAUGGUAAGCAUGUGGAGUUGUUUUUUUGUGCAGUUUUUGAGGUGGACAAAGGUGCUACUACCACUGGUAUGUUUUCAUGUAUAUAUGAGGUGAUCACCAAUGAUCAAAAGACACUUGCAAUAGCCAGAAAUUUUGAGUCACUUGAGUCAAGUCAUGUAUGGCCGACUAGGAUAAAACCUGGUCGUUUGAUGUGGCGCCUCAACGGUACGCAUUAUUGGAAUCACUUUGAGAUUUCAUUUGGGAUAUCUGAAGUGUCUUCAAAGGUGAAAGUAAAAGCAUCCCUUAAAAGUUGUGGUUUCCAUAUUUCGUUCAAUCAAGAAAGCUAUCUGCUUGAUCAUGAAUCAGUUAGGAGGUACACAGGGUGAAGUGGUGAACGAUAUGCUAUACCAUAUAGGUAAUGCAUAACAGAAUGGAUCAUUAGUGACAUUGUUAUAUUUUUAGGGUCUAACGUAUUUAAUUUUUGUGAAGAGAGACAGACACAACAUGACAAGUUUAUGUAACAUGAGCGGAGUCAAUGUAUGUCUAAUUAAGCAUAUGAGUAAUAAAAGAUUAACAAGGAAAGAGAAUGAAAGUUAAAAUGA